AUGCCUUCGACUCCAAGCCACUCGCGUCACGCCUCAGGCGCUGAUGCCUCGUACCAAUACAACAGCGCCACCUCUUCGCCUCAGAACCGGAGGCAGUCGAGAUCCUCACAUGACGCGACCACACCCCUGCGAAGCAGCUUCAACAACCAAGACGCCCUGGACGUAUCCUACGCUAGCGGAGGUAUGGACGGUGGAAACGGCCUUGGUAACCUCGCAGACGAGCUGGCCGAUGCGUUUUCCGAUUCCGGUGACGAGGGGGAAUACUACGAAGACGAUAAUGGGGCGCCAAAUAUCAGCGUCCAGGAGGCAGAUGGACGAGGCGCCGCAGAGGGUACACGGGACAGCGGCGUCGACGUUGCGAGUCUUGCUGAAUCUGGCACCAAGGCGAAGAAUCUGAACCUUGGCCCUCCGUCGCCUCCGCGACGUGGUCAUCGAAGAACUGGGAGCGAGUACGACGGAAGCGAGUAUGGGUCCGAGUCUGACCUCGAUUCCCCCGGGAUGUUGCCCAGUCUGGUUGCAAAGAUCGACGCUGUCGAGUCACUGGCGAGAAGAGGUACGGAAAGCAACGGCGGGCCCACGGACGGUGUCUUCAACCGCGUGACGGACAGUUUGAGGGACUUGGGAUCUCAAGCUGGCGUGGAGGGUAGCGCCACAAGACUCAUCACCGCCCAUUCUGCCCUCACGACCCACUUGACUCAUCAGACCCGUCAACUACACAACCUGACAUUCCCGUUGCUGUCUCCUCUUGUUCCGCCACCAGACUCGGAGACCGUUGACGAGUUGCUGCCGCUGCUUCUCGAGCUGUCAGAAUCGAUGCCUCGACCAACCACAAAAGCAUACGAUUCCUUGACCGCGCUCCACACCCUGACUUCGGACCUUGUCCAGAGCCUCAACUACCUCUCAGACACCCUGCACAUGUCCAGGCAGACGACGACGACGGCUACGCGCCGGCUGAAAAGUGCGAAGGAGCUGGUCGCCGAGAUCAGAAGGGAAGAAGAACUGUGCGAGGAGGGCGAGCGGUGGUUGACCCGUGGCAACUGGAGCGAGAGAUUGCGCAAACGGGAAUGCGCCGGAGUGUGCGGCGACGUUGUGAACGGCUUCGAGGAGGUUUGCAACGGUUGGCGAGCCCGGCUACUGGAACAAGCCGGCUCUGCUCAGGCUUAG